CAAUAUAGAAGACCGUCUAAAAAGAGGGAGACACCGUCGAGAGUGAAAAGAUGGCGGAUUGCGAAAAAGAGGAGGCUCACAAUCUCCAAAUGGAGUUUGAGUGGGUCCUACACGAAGAAGUCCAUUCUUCGUUAUCCCAACUUCGCAAUAUCUUAAUGGAAUGCGCACAGCGAUUUCCAUUAGCUGUUUUUGGUAACGAUCAACCAGACAAAACGGACAGAUUUGUAUUUGCAGCUCCGCAUGAUCAAGUAAAAUGUGUUGCUGUACUUACCGGUGAUAGUAUCACAAAUGCAGAAGUUAAUUUCAAAAUACAACGUCAACCAAACGUUAACAUGAGAACGAGUAUAGUAAAUGAGCAUCCAUGGAAAUUGCAACAAAUACAAGAUGCUGCUAAUCAUUUGCAGCAAGCUAUCGCGCAUAUCGAUAAUGUCGAUCGGCAUUAUCUUUUCAAAACAUCAGACGAAGUUAUGCAUGUACUAGGUAAUAUAUUAGGUAGUCUUCAAAGAAGUAGAACCAGCUUAAUUGUUCCUAGAAAGAAAACCAUCGACGAUCUCAUUAAAAGUCGUAAUAUGAAAUCUCUAAGUCCUAAUCUUCCAGAGAAUUUAGCUAUUAGUUUUUACAUACAAAGCUAUAAACUGGUAUUAGCUGUCUAUCAGUUAGAAAAUGCGCACGGCAGCGUUAAACAUGAGACUCAACAAGCGGAAUGCAGUGUACCAUGGUUAAACGAUGCAUUGGUACUUCUAACCAUAGCAUUGCAACUCUGUCAACGUUUAAAAGAUAAGAUUUGCGUAUUCUCCUUAUACAAAGAUUUUACAGUAAGCACACAUGCUCCUUCAACUACCAGUUGGUAGCCUUAGAUACGAUUUUGGCUUUAAGAUGCUGUAUUAUAAAAAUGGUGCUAUAUCAGGAUUAUUGAUUCUAGCUAGUUGCUAGUUCAAUAAGUCAAUAGUGCUUGUUAAAGUCAUCGUACGGACAGAAAAUGACAUUUCUUUCGUUGUUUUAAUCGUUAUCGCGCACGGACAUUGUUCUUACAGAAUUUAGAAGUAAUUAUUUAUAGUGCGUGCCUAGAAUAGUAUUAUAGUAACUUAAUAUGUCACUGUGAAACGUUAGAGGGUGGAGGUGUGAAAUCAAAUAUUGCAUUUCUAU